AGCGCCGUUAUGCUGAGCAAGUGCAACGUAGGGAGAGAAUAACAGAGUGCGCACAACUACACCGUGAUUCCAAAAUGUCACAAAUGCGUCGAAAUUGCAUUUCAAAGAAUGUUUCACUGGUAUGAAUUUGGAGGGGCAAGACUAGUAAAUCAUCAAAUAUUUGGUUUUGUUAGGAGAAUUUGCGGCGCGGAUAUAGAUUGUGGCGCGUUGAACAGGGCGGGCGCAAGGACCAUGCGCGCCGCGACGAGAGCUGACAUCCCCAGGCAUCGCAUCCCUCACUCAUUUAUGCCCUCUUAAGACGCAACGCAGGAGGAAAGCCGAGCAGAGGAUCUCCGUCAAAAAAGCGUAUCUUCCAGGAAAAAAAUAAAUUAAAUUAAAUAAAAUGGUCAAAAGUGAAAGGCAACAGAGGCGACUGAAAUCCGAAGAUGUAUUUCUGGAGUCCGAGGGCUCGGUGGAUCAGCGGGAUUUCACUGAGAUGUCUAGUUGUCCUUUCAAUGACGUCUUUAACGCCAGUGACUCUGCUAUGGACCAGAUCGACACUUUCCUGAAAAACGUUCAAGUUUUACUGGAGGCAGCAAGUUACAUUGAAAAUAACGAAAAGAAAGAUGGAAAAUGUGAACACGGGUACGCUUCGAUGUUUCCAUCAAUCCAGAACACAAGCUAUCAAAGACAACGGAAAUUUCGAAAUAAAAAGUACAACACCAACCACAACAGGUCUACACACAACGAGCUGGAGAAGAACAGGAGGGCUCAUCUCCGGCUGUGUCUGGAGCGACUGAAGACACUUAUACCACUGGGACCAGACUGCAACCGGCACACAACCCUGGGUCUGCUGAACAAAGCCAAAACACACAUUAAGAAACUUGAAGAGGCCGACCGGAAGAGCCAGCACCAGCUGGCCAAUCUGGAGCGAGAGCAGCGCCACUUACAGCGCCAGCUGGACCAGCUGCAGGGCAUCGCCCCCGGCGACGGCGAGCGGAUACGCAUGGACAGCGUAGGCUCCGACCGCUCCGACUCGGACCAAGAGGAGAUCGAAGUCGACGUUGAAAGCACUGAAUUCUCCCAUGGAGACAUGGACAGUGUGAGCACUGGCAGCACCAGUGACCUGGACGACCACAGCAGCCUGCAGAGCAUGGCCAGCGAUGAGGGUUACUCCAGCUGCAGCAUCAAACUCGCCUUCUCCUCCUCGUCUUCCUCCUAGAGGGCCCCGAGAGGGGGGGGGCAGAUUCAGGGGUCUAAUGAGGCAAGCGGGCCCCUCCAGCCCCCAGCCCCACACAGUGUGACCAGAACAGGAAGCAGCUUCAGAACGUGACCCAAAAGGUGGACCUUAACGGCAGCGAGCCGGAUUUGCAGCUUUGCCCCCCCCCCCCCCCAAUCCUUAGUAGCUGUGCAGAUGCCAGCACGAGUUCGGAAUGUGACACGCAGAAAAAUUUUAACGUUUCGGAAUUUUUAGAACUCCUGCAAAAUAUAUAUUUUUUUGUGUUUGUGAAGCUGAACGCUUUGAAAUUAACAAACCUCAUGAAAAGAUUUAAAUAUUUGAGAGGAAAAAAAAAAAAAAAAAACAUAAAAGUAUCUUAAGCAUGAAUUAUAUACCAGAGUUUUAUUUCCUUACAAAAUUAAGCAUUGAAUUUGUAGGUUUUGAAGAUUUAAGGCUAAAUUUGCAAUCAAUAGGUUUUUCGUUUCUCGUUUGCAAGAAUCCCUGACGUCUGACUGGGAUCUGAACUUGUUUUUUUGAGCUGGUCACCUGUGCCAACUGGUUCUGCAGAUAAAGGAACAACUAAAACUCCGAUGCGUGCAACAUGGUAAAACUAUCCAUUUUUGCCAUAUCAAGAUUUAUUUAUUCUUACUAUUAUUCUUGUCAUCAUUAUUAUAAUUUGACCCUCGAGCUUCAGCCAGUGCACAACACCACCACAGCUCAAAAACUGGGAGGAGGGGUUUAAAAAAAAAAAAACUCAUUGGUGCUAUGUGAAACAAACCAACCAAUCAGAUAAAAGGAAAAAGAAAAAAAAAGCAGUUGGCAAUGGCAGCCUGAAUCACGUCCGUCUACAGGACGCACAUUCCCAUUACGGUGGGUUUCGGUGCGUUCAGACGCUGGGCCGCGUGCCGCGGUCCGGCGUGCAGCUAGCGCAGCUACCAUUAAGCUACCUUGUUAUCUGCCUGCAUCACGGCAGAGCAUAGAACCGGCGCUGCGGGUCCAUAGCAGACGGCCGCUAUAGCAGUACACUGUACGUCCAGAGCAAUAACACUCGUAGUUCUGUCUCAAACUUUGGCUAUUUUUUUUUUUUCCCUUUUCUGAGGCACAAACCUGUGUCCGUCCAAGAGAGCAAAGUGUACUUGCUUGUUUUGUAUAUAACUCAAAAUAGUUUCAUAAAUUAAAAAGGAGAAAAAAAGUUGGUGGUACCUAUGAAUAGAAACAUUGCCUCUGUUGCCGUUUUUGUCUGUGUUUUGUGCAUUUUUAAAUUAUAUAAAAUAUAUAUAUAUAUUAUUUUUUUGGGAAAGAUUUCUUUUCAGAGUGAUGGUCGUUGUGGCAUGGGCAGUGUUUGUGAAAUUUGCUGGUUGAAACAGUUGAAGUUUUCAUUCUGUAGCUGCCCGCGAGGGAGAACUCACGCCUGCAUUUAAGACAGAACAGGGAGGGUAACAGACGGAUCCCGCCUUGCGUUCCAGGCUGACUCGGAGUGUAUACUCCACUCAAGGGGAGUAACUGGGUGAUUCCAAACCGCACUUCUAUGUUUGGCUCCCCUUUCCGUCUUUGCGUUUUCAUGAAUAUCCCAUGUAUGAAAAAAAGUGUAACAGCUAAAUUGGAUUUUUUUUUCUAAUGUUUAUUUAUUUAAACUUCACCCCUCACACAGAAGUGUAAGAAUCUUUUUUUUUUAAUUUAUUUUCCUGUUUUAUAUAUUCUUCGAGGCCUAAACCCUGUUUCUUAUUUUUUAAUUUUUACAAAUUGAGAGAAAUUGGUCGCAUAGGCCAUUCUUUGUUUUUCUUUGUCCAACCUUUUGGAAUGUAAUCUUCACAAGCACAUUCCCAGUAGCAGAUAAGCUUUGCUGGUGUAGGUCAAGCCGCGAGCCCCCUUUAUGUGACUGGCAGAGGAUGAGAGACCCCCCUUCCUGUGGAAGAUGGGACCCCCUGCACAGUGCUAAUGUCCCAGUGGCCGGCCUGGCUCCUCACUGUACUGCCCUGUGACCUUUUGCUAUCCCAGUUAUCCGGCAGUGAUCUUCAGUGAUGCACCAGAGGUCAAACUACCGUCUCACAAGUCUAACCCUAAAGCUACACAUUUUAAAAUGUUUGUAUUUAGUUGAUGCCAUUUAGGGUGUUUACCUUGAAAACAUAUUUUUCUGGCUUUUAUGAAAAUUUAAGUGUAAAAUUACUGUCAACAUAAAUGCUUUUCUUUUCAUUAUUAUUAUUAUUAUUAUUAUUAUUUUAUUAUUAUUUUUAUUAUUCAGCUUGUGUCUUAAUGUUCCCAGUUUAUUCUUACAGGGCGAACUAGUUUUCCUUUGUUUCAAAUCUAUAAUUUGUCAUUUUCCCCUUUAUUUUGUGAAAUGCACUAUGAAAAGGACUCGUCUUCAGAAACACUUUCUAAUUCCUUCACUGAUCCUGUCUGUGUCUUAGAAACUUCCGGAGCCACAGUGGCAGCAGAAACGACCCCAUUAUUUUUGCAUAGAUGUCGGUCCUGGACACUGGCAAUGGGUCAAUGAAAUAAAGUUUCCACCCCUCAUAUUUUUUCCA